AACAUGAAGGCAACAUACGUCACCAUUAACUUUUGGCGCCUGUCGCUUUCCAAGGUGCUGAACCGUUAGCUAAAGGACGUUUCGUUUUCCCCCAACAACAACAAAAAAACCCCAGAUUAGCUAAUACCACCCGCUAAUGUUACUUGGAUGAGCUGAUCGUAAUGAAGAGACAGGAAACCCAGCCAGCCAGGCCAACAGCAGGCUGCCUGUCUGUGCCGCUCUUUAACCAGAAGAAAAGAAACAGAAUUCCUUUGACAUCUGCUCCCUCUGAGAAUGAAUUCUUCUCCCACAGUGAAUACACGGCAAGCACCAGCUCAGCUGCAUCUCUCAGCACAUCAGGUACCUAUAGAUGUUACCAGGCCUCUGGUCCUCCACAAAGCCACCAGUGGAACAGGCAGGGUAUCUCACAGUCUACUCCGCCUCAGCAGUAUGGCAGCAACAGACCUGCUCCUGGGCCUGCCCCUGCAAUGAGAACCUAUACAUCUGUACCACAUCCGUACAAAGCUGGAGGCACAAGCUCUAAGAUGGGACAGCCCAGCAGCUCAGUGAGACAACAGGAUUUCAGACCUGGUGUUAACUCCAGACAGAGCAACUAUCAAGCCCAACACAUCAGGGAGAGUGCACAAAACAAGGCAACACCACAUACUGGAUUCUCUCAGAUGGGACAGCAGUCAUCUUACAGGCCCCCCAAUCCCACACAGUAUUCCCAGCAGCCGAGACCUGCGCCCGCUCCUGUCUCACCACCCAGCAGGCCCUCUGCUCGUGCAACACAGCCACAAAGCAACUCCUGGAACUUUACUAACAGCUUUGGGCCGCAGAGAUCCCCAUUUCAAGGAAACAGGAGCACAAAUCAAUCUCAGACUGUGCGACAAACUCAGCAGGGCACACUUCCAGAAAAGCCAGCCAUGGAAAACUCACUAAGGAUCCUGACCGCAGUUAUUGAUGGCAUGAGACACUGGAGUCAGUUUAAGGACAAAGUCCCAUACUUAUUUGAGAUAUUUGCUACUCUCGACUCUGCGGUCACUCUGGGUCGUCACGGAGCCAAGAACUUCCUCAUGAGAGAUGGGAGAGAGGUUGUUCAGUGCGUCUUCUAUGAAAAUGAGCAGGAGCUGCCCCGUCUCAUCCGUGGUCAAGUUCACCGCUGUGUGGGAAACUAUGACCGCAGCAGAGAUGUCCUGAUGUGUGUAUCUGUCAGACCUGGCCUGCCGUCAGAGCUGAGGAACGCACAGGAGGCUGUCAAAGCCUGCGAUGCAGAAAUGAGGGCGCUGGUCAAAUCACUCAGUGAAGUCUGACCAUGAGGUAUCUUCAGAUGAAUCAGACAAAAAGUAUACCAGUAUUUGAUGUGGGUACAUGGAAACCAAGCUUAGUGCUAUAUAGUGAUAGAUAACUCUUGUUAUGGGUAGAAGUUUAAGUAGUUUUAAUAAGUAUGUUUAAGGUAUAAGCUACUGGCAGUGUUGCCAUUAGUUUGUUACGUGCAGUAGCACUGAAAUUUAACAGUUAAAUUCACAUGCAUGUUCUGGUGUAGCUGUGUUUGUAUUUAUUUGUGAAACACAUAUAUAAAGAGUCAUUUCAUUUCAUUUAACCAAAACUUUGAG